UAUUGGAGUGCUCCGGGUUUGAGCGUCCCUCCGGAGCACUUGGGACACAAGCACCAAGAUGUUUAGGAUAGGCCACUGCAAGCCCAGGUCCUGGGGCAGUUUCUGGGCCAUCCUGACGUUGGUGGGGCUGGCGACGCGUGCAGCUCAGAGAGCCGACGUGGGCGGGGAGGCUGCAGGCACGUCCAUCAACCAUUCCCAGAUGCUGCUCCAGCGUCUGCAGGAUCUGUUGCGGCAGGGCAACGCCAGCGACGUGGUUCUGCGCGUGCAGGCUGCGGGCACCGAUGAGGUCCGAGUCUUCCACGCUCACCGCCUGCUGCUGGGGCUGCACAGUGAGCUGUUCCGGGAGAUGUUGAGCAACCAGACUGAGGUGAUGCUGCAGGAGUCGCGGGACUGCGCCUCUGUCUUCGACAAGUUCGUCAGGUACUUAUACUGCGGGGAGCUGACCCUGUUGCUGGCCCAGGCCAUCCCGCUGCACAAGCUGGCCACCAAGUACCGCGUGGCCUCCCUGCAGCGGGGCGUGGCCGACUACAUGCGCGCGCACCUGGCGGCGGGCGCGGGUCCCGCCGUGGGUUGGUACCACUACGCGGUGAGCACGGGGGACGAGGCCCUGCGCGAGAGCUGCCUGCAGUUCCUGGCCUGGAACCUGUCGGCCGUGGCGGGCAGCUCCGAGUGGAGCGCGGUGAGCCCCGAGUUGCUGGCACAGCUCCUGCAGCGCUCGGACCUGGUGCUGCAGGAUGAGCUGGAGCUGUUCCAAGCGCUGGAGGCGUGGCUGGGCCGGGCGCGGCCGGUCCCCGCGGUGGCCGAGCGCGCGCUGCGCUCCAUCCGCUACCCGAUGAUCCCGCCGGCGCAGCUGUUCCAGCUGCAGGCGCGCUCGGCCGCGCUGGCGCGCCACGGCCCGGCGGUGGCCGACCUCCUGCUCCAGGCCUACCAGUUCCACGCCGCCUCGCCCUUGCAUUACGCCAAGUUCUUCGACGUCAACGGCAGCGCCUUCCUGCCUCGCAACUACCUCGCGCCAGCCUGGGGAGCCCCGUGGGUCAUCAACAACCCGGCCCGAGACGAUCGCAGCACCAGCUUCCAGACGCAGCUGGGACCCAGCGGUCACGACGCGGGGCGCCGGGUCACCUGGAACGUGCUCUUCUCCCCGCGCUGGCUGCCCGUCAGCCUGCGGCCGGUCUACGCCGACGCCGCGGGCACCGCGCUGCCGGCCGCGCGCCCCGAGGACGGACGGCCGCGCCUCGUGGUCACCCCGGCCAGCAGCGGAGGCGACGCGGCGGGCGUGAGCUUCCAGAAGACCGUGCUGGUCGGCGCUCGUCACCAGGGUCGCCUGCUGGUCCGGCACGCGUACAGCUUCCACCAGAGCAGCGAGGAGGCCGGCGACUUCCUGGCGCACGCAGACCUGCAGAGGCGCAACUCCGAGUACCUGGUGGAAAACGCGCUGCAUCUGCACCUCAUCGUCAAGCCGGUGUAUCACACCCUCAUCCGGACCCCCAAGUAGUGCCUCCCCCCGCCAACACACACACACACACACACACACACACACACACACACACACCCCAGACUGGGAAAUAAAGCCUGGCCGAGAUGCUACCA